GAGAUUUAUAGUUUAUAAACAUUCGGCGAAAGCACAACCUGAAUAACGAUCAUAUGCAUUUUUCAUGAUCGAUAGCGUACAGUAUUCAAAUAUCGAUACUGUCUUAAAUAUCACGUUGUAAACAUUUUAAACACGAAAUGACGUGUUGUUCGAACUAGUAGAACGAUUUUGUGUGAUCGGUGAUCGGUUGCAACAUAGUUAUGCAUAAUGAAUGACCGUGCAACGAGGGACGAAUCGAAAGUUCAUCAAAUUAGUGAUCUAGGUUGAAGGAAGAAAAUCUACCUGUGCUGUAAACACGAGCCAAUCAAGAAAUUUCGUGCCUAGCGGAAGCCAUCUUGCAAUUAGCGUGAAAAAAUACGUUCCACAUUCCAGAAUUUCCCGGUGGUGGGCCUUUGUAAAAACCAUCCCCUCCCUGAUAAAAAUGUCUACGCGUUAGAAGAAAUGACAGGAAUCGUAGAAUCUCGUUUCGAGUUACGAAUCAAGAGCAACUAGAGAAUCGUAAUAUAAAACGGGAAAACGAAGGAAAAGGAUAGUGGAAGUUCGGACAUCUUUUCUAACACCACAAGUAGAUUGUGUGUUUUUAUGAGGAAAGAAGAGGGUGCGAGUAUUUUGAGUUGGAGAUUCGUGGAUCGGUAAUUGGAUUCCUGAGCACAGGAUAGGUCCGAGGGCCUACUCGAGGCAAGAAAUCAUUAUCGCCAUCGAAACGGAUUCGACGAGAGGAAUAAAUUGGUUGAGGAGCGCAUCACCGAGUGAAAGGACCACGGGGACUAGAAGCCGUAAACGCAGAAGAAUAAAAGGCAUUAAGGAAAAAUGGCGUACGACGAUGUCAUCCUCCGUAUGGGCGAAUUCGGUCGUUAUCAACGCAGAAUCUACCUCAUGCUCUGUCUUCCGGCGAUAUCUUGCGCCUUCCAUAAGAUCGCCGGAGUUUUCCUCAGCGCGAAAAUGAACGCUAGAUGCAUGCUACCACACGAAAGCGUGGAGAACGCCACAUACAUGUUACCGCAAAGCGUGAUGAACGCUAGCUAUCCAUGGGACUACGAACUAAAAGGAUGGUCACAGUGCUACAGACAUGACGUUAAUCAAACAACGAUCAGCAGGUACGUCGAUACGUCGAACGACAGCUACGUCGAUACGUCGACCGACGACUCACCUAUCCAAAAACCCUUUUCCCCGAAUGGUCUCAACACCCAAGGACUAUUACCGUGCGAAGGAUACGUCUACGACAGAAGAAAAUACAAAAGUACCACUACUUCUGAGUGGAACUUAGUUUGCGACAGGGCAUGGUUGAAAGCUACGGGGGAUUCUUUGUUCAUGGUAGGAGUCAUGCUUGGCUCGAUGAUUUUCGGUGGUUUGUCCGAUAAGUAUGGGCGUAGACCAAUUUUCUUCCUGUCUUUAGUCAUACAGCUGGUCGGUGGUAUACUAGUCGCUGUUGCACCCGAGUUUAUUUCCUACGUUAUCUUCAGAUUGAUAGUUGGCUCAACCACUAGCGGGGUCUUUUUAGUCGCCUAUGUCAUAGCCUUAGAAAUGGUAGGUCCAAGGAAGCGUUUAGUAGCCGGAGUCGGUUGUCAACUAUUCUUCACAACUGGGUACAUUCUCACUGCUGGUUUCGCGUAUUUUAUAACUGACUGGAGAAUGCUACAAAUCGCUAUCACUGUACCGAGCAUUGCGUUCCUUCUUUACUGGUGGUUCAUUCCUGAAUCCGCGCGAUGGCUGUUGACUAAAGGUCGCGUGCAAGAAGCGAAAGAUCUCCUGCAAGGCGCAUCGUUGGAAAAUGGCGUGGAGAUGCCGACCGAGGCACUGGAUACGCUUCUUAAUAAUAAUAGUGACGAAAGUGCGCCGGAUUAUAAAAAACCAUCAUUGUUCGACCUUUUCCGAUAUCCAAAUUUGAGGCGGAAAAGUAUUUUACUAUUUUUCAAUUGGCUUGUGAACAGCGGUACCUAUUACGGAUUAUCCUGGCACGUAUCCAACCUCGGUGGUAACGAAUAUGUUAAUUUCGUGAUUUCCGGGUUUGUGGAAAUACCCGCAUACACGUUUCUAAUUUUCACUUUAAAUCGUUGGGGAAGGAAGAUUAUCUUAUGCGGGUGUAUGUUAAUAUCCGGAGUGGCGUUGCUCGCUAUCCUAUUUGUACCUGCUGACGCUCAAUGGCUUGUGGUGUGUCUUGCUAUGAUCGGUAAACUCACCAUCACAUCGUCCUAUGGUGCUAUUUAUGUUUUUACUGCCGAACAAUUUCCUACGGUCAUUCGAAAUGUAGGUCUCGGAGCGAGUUCAACUUUUGCUCGAAUCGGCGGAGUAAUUGCCCCAUACGUCAUUCAUCUGUCUGAAAUUUGGAUGCCUCUACCAUUUGUUAUUUUUGGAUCGUGUGUCCUCCUUGGUGGAAUGCUGUCGCUUCUCCUUCCAGAAACACUGAACAAAAAGCUGCCGGAAUCCAUACAAGACGGCGAAUUAUUUGGAAAGAAACUUUCGAAGAAGAAGAAAAAACAACAACUAGAUAUAGAACAAUUAAACGAAGUUGACGUGAUAAAGCCAUUGAAGCCGCAGGAGAAUGGUGUUCACGAGAAGCAAAACGGAUGACAUUAAUUUCCAAGGAAAACGUCGAUUAUGCUCAAAAUAUGUAUUUGAAUCCUGUCUGACUGUAUUUUAGGCACCCUUGCAUAUACGUGUCUAGUGUAUACAAAUCUCAGCGUGCCAAUUGCAAAAGUGCAUUAUCGAAUCCUAUUGGACUUUCGAACUGCAUGUUUAUUAAUGUAGGCAAUUACCGAACUAAGGGACUACGGAAACCUACAUUAAUUACUCAAUUUGUUUUUAACAUAUCGAAUGCAAGACGGUAGCGUUUGCCUUCUGUUUAUACGUACACAAAAUACAUACAGUCUAUGUAAUUAAUAGCACACACAAAUUCUGCCAGCGAACAUAUCAUUUACUCUAAUUUUUGAGUGUCGUUUACGUGUUAAGUGCCCUUGAAAUAUAAACUUGUAAUAGCUUCUUUGACAAAUUUACGCGGGAAACGAUUAUAUUUUCA